AUGUCAGCCACGAGUGCUCAGUACUGGGCCCUUCUCACGCGAGAGGCCGAAGAGGUUUACCGAAGGCACCUGGCUAGUGACCCCAUGGGCAGGAUUUCACUGAAUCCAGUGGAAACCCCGGAGCUUAAGUCCCCGGUUUGGUCCAGACUCGCCAAGCGCUUGGAGGCUCUUUUGAUCACGGCAGCUCCGAAGCAGGUGCGCGAAGAGUUGGUCCAGAGCCGACUCAAGCACUUCACCUUCUCUACCGCCUUCAUGUGCUGUACGCCCCGGGAGGUGUACAAGAGAGGGAGCCGCUCUGGAUGCGCUCCGCCAAUGGAGACGGUGCAGUUUGGAAUGGGACUUGUGAAGGCAGCCCUGAGAGCUGAGACGGCGACUCCCUCUGCAGCCGCAGUGAAGUUCCUGAGGCCUGAGGCAGCAGCAGUGGCGGCCCAGGUUGCAACCGCUCAAGACGCCAAUUCGAGCCAGGUCCAGGCCCUCUUGGAUGAUGCGGCGAAGGUUUUGAAGGCCAUACAGGAUUGGUUUGUGAACCUUCAAUUCGGGAAGGAGCCAGCGGCGGUCAGUGAGAAUGUGCUCUCGGCGUGCUCCGAUGCUCAAGUGCUUCACAUCGACUUGUCCAAGAUCAUCGGUCUGUCAGCUGACCUCGCCUCUCGAUCCGAGCUUCUGGAUGAGUGGUGGCCGAAGUUCCAGCGUUGGGCCCACUUAAAGCAAGCCUCUGCGAUAGGAGGAGCCGUGACUGUGUUCACAAACUGCCGGACCGAUUUGGUCGAGACAUGUGAGAACCGUUCCGUUCUCCCGGAAAGGGUCGUGCAAUCCUUCCAGCCACAACGGCCGCAACCGGUCUCCGAGGAAGAGUUGAGAAGGAUCGAUCAAGAGGUGCGUGAGUCGCUGCGCCUAAUCAGGCCCUCAAUUGCUUCAGGUGGCCAGGUUCCAGAGGUCCAAGGUGUCAAGCAAGCGGUACCGACCGCGGCCGCGCUAGAUGUUGAAGGGUGGAGACGCCACAUCGAGAGCGGACACCUCCCGUUCAACAGGAAGUGCAAGGCCUGCGUUAUGGGGUCAGGGGUAGGACUGCAGCACCGCAAGGUGGCCCAUCCAACCUCGUUCUCCCUUUCACUAGAUGUCCUGGGGCCCAUCCAGAAGGGAAUCUUUGAAGACUCAGUUGCAGCCCAGCCAAGGCACAAAUAUGCCCUUGUGGGGGCGUACAGAGUGCCUGAGGACGUCCUUCGGAGAAGAUGGGAUCCUAAGAAAGACCUGAAGGAUUUGUUCAGGGACACCACGCUUGAGUUGGCUUCCGCAAAUGAGCCGUCGGACCCUUUGCUUCCAAUCCAAGAAGGGCAGGAGGAGGAGAUGCGCGAGGAAGAAUGGGACCAGUCCGAAAGGGGGCCUGAGGAAUCUCUCGUGAGCGUUGAGCUGGAGGUCGAGUCCCACUCUGGGGAGACCCUCCAACAGGCCAUAGAAACUCUUAAGGACCCAGUUCCCCAGGUCGUGCUUCGGUUUGUUAGGCCAAUGACCUCCCGCAAGGGCCCUUCCCUCAUGCCGGCCAUCCACUCCAUGGUUCAGGAGAUAAACAAAUUAGGCUUCCCAGUGAAGAAUGUUCACUCCGACCAGGGCCGGGAAUUCUUGAGCGACAGCUUGAGGCUGUGGUUGUCCCAAAUGGGAGUGCGCGUCACCAUGAGCGAAGCUCAUGAUAAAAAGGCCAAUGGCCUGGCGGAACGCAUAGUAGGGUGGUGUAAGCAGAGAGCCCGUUGCCUGCUGAACAGUGCCGAGCUCGAGCCAAGCUUCUGGCCCUACGCUAUGUCUCAUGCCGCCGCCUCACACCAGGCCUCCCUUAUAGGAGACACUCCGCUCCCCCACUUUGGGAAAAGGAUAGUGUUCAAAAGGCCGAUGUUGCCUGGCAACUUCAAGCCCUGGGACCAUUGGUCCGAAGGUCGAUACCUCUCCCCGUCCAUCCUUGUGCCUGGAGGACACUCUAUCCUCAGACCGGAUGGCAAUACCACGGUUGUGAAGAAUUUCAGGGAUGAUUUAGUUGACCCUGAGGCCUUGGUAAGACAGCGGGAUGAGGAGCUAAAGGAGGCAGCGGAGGUAGCUGCAGAUGCGUCCCUUUCGGAAGGAGGCCAGGAGGAGUUGUUUCCGGAACUCUUCGGCCCCGAUGGCCGGGAGCCCACGGGAUCAUCAAAGGAGGUGAUAGGGGCAGGCGUAGGGGUGAUAGACCCUGGACCCUCAGACUCCGAACUCCCUCCACCUAGCCGUCUAAAGGGAAAGGGUCCAAGGUUGAGGCCGAGGCCACGCCUUGCUGCUCUCCGGGAGCAGGAGCCAGAAGAAGAAGAGGAUGAAGAAAGUGAGGAGGAGAGCGAAGAACCGGAUGAGGUGACGGAUGUAGAGGCCAACACCAUAUCUGAGGGUCAGAUCUCAUCCUUGGGAUCCUCCUCCUCGUCAGGGCAACAGUUUCCUCGCAGCUUGGGAUCCAUCCAGGAUCCGGUGAUCAUCCGAGCCCUUGUGAGGCUCAGUCUUGAGUCCAGAGCCCAGGGCCUCUAUGAUUUGGGAGUCCAUGAGGCUCAGAUGCAGGAGCCACUGCGGGCUCAACGAUUCUAUGAUGAAGUGAUCGCCAAUAAGCCCAUCUCUAGAGACCUCCUCUCCCGUGUAGAGGAGGAGGCACAUGACGCCGACCUAACGAUGGAACCGAAUGAUGAGGAGUAUGCCCAGAAUGUCUUUCAGACCACCAGGUUUAGGAAGGAUAGCUUUGGGUUAGUUCCUCCUGAGCAAGAGCCUGCCCGGGAAGCUGCUUCUGAAGAGCUCGCGUCAGCACUGCUGGAGCUCGGACCAGGGAUCUCAACACAAGGGGUCGAGCAGAUGGUGCGACGGCUUCCUUAUGAGAGCCCUCACCCUGCCCUGGCUGGUGAUCAGACGUCAGGGGAAGAGGGCCGCGCAUUUUACUGUGGUGCUAUGUGCAGAGGAGGGAUCUCCUCCUUGAGAAGGUCUUGUGCGGAGAACCCGCUUGCCAUCAAGUGCCUUACCAGGCUUCUCCGGAGAGCCUUUCCCCACAUGUGCUUUUCCUCGGCGGCAGUUCUAGAGGAGGUGAUGGCACCCCCACACCGGGACUCCAGAAAUGAGGCAACUCCAAACUUGAUCUUGCCUUUGACCAGGUUUGAAGGUGGCGCAGUGUGGGAGGAAAAUGAGUUCGGAAAUGUUUUGAGGGAUCAAAGGGGCAAGCUCCGGGAAUUGGGUUUCGUGUUACCGGGGGACCUCACUGCCGGAGAAGAGGGCGAGCCAGCCCUUAGGGUUAAUAGGCCCGAGAUUAGGAAGGUUGAGGCCAUUCCCCUUGCAAGAGAGCCCGACACGUGGAGGGGACACUAUGAGUUUACCUUGGUGUCGGAGGAGACCUUCCGCGGGUACUUGCGAGGAAAUAGGGGAAGGGAGGACUGGGAGCGCGCCACCCAAGGUGAGUUCUUCCGAGGAGGGUACGUCAUUGAUGAAGCCACUCAGACAAUGUUCAGGGCCAAUGAAACUCAUGAGAGAGUGGCUGUUGCAGCAGUGACCAGUGGUGUCAUUCAGAGUGGGAUUCACAAUGGAGACAUGAUUCUCCGAGAGUAUCUCGGUGAUCCGAGAGACCACGGCCCUUCCGAGCCGGAGGAACCAGUCCCUGUGGUAGAACUACUGGGUCAGGUCAGGGACCUGUAUGCCGACUCCCGUAGUCCCCAGGAGUACCACAUUGGGUUUAGGCUAAAGAGGACGACGGAAGAUGUAGAUAGGGAAGGCAACUACUUAGGGGAUCAGUUCUUCUUUGUGAGAUGCCUCAUGCGGGCUUCCCAAACUCCCCAGACCGUUGCGGAUGUUGAGAUGAUGUCCAGAGUUCUCCGAAGGGGGGACCGACGCCACCGGGCGUCGUACGAAGGGGCUGGAGGAGCCUACCACUUCUCUAGCAUCCCGCUGCUGCACGGCUCUGAGAGCAACCAAGGACGAAGGGCUCCCGCGACCGGGUCCACUCAGUCUUCCAGCUCCAGGGGCCCUCAUCCGUAUGUCCGUGCACUGAGCCCUACGACCGCCUCCCCUUCCCGAUCUGAGGGAACAGGUUCCUCAGAUGAAAUGAGGCCUAGCGGUGAGCCAAGUUCUCCACCUGCCAGCCCUACCAUUCCGGUGUAUAGGCUAGACCCUGCGGUUCUAAUCCCCUCUUCGCUAUUGCUUCCGGCCUCUGUUGCUCCACAAUCAGAGUCCCGCCCUUCCUUUGGACAUCAAGGGCAUGAGGAUCCGGAGGUAAACAAGAUAGAGGUUUACACCAAGGAUGUAGAAGCUAAGCUUGAAGCACUUGGAGAUAGCUCGCUGGAAACCACCUACACAGUUUCCCCAGCCGAAGCCCGGAAGCACGCUGAGCGGUGGAGGGCCGCGUUGCUUGAAGAGCUCAGGUGCCUUGAGGAAAAGGGAGCCAUCAUCCGGAGAAAGGGAGCCGAGGCCCAGAAGCUCCUAUCGGACCCCGAGGCCGUCACCCUGCACUCUAAGGGAGUGUAUACGGUCAAGCCCGGCAAAUACCGGCCGGAUGGGCCGAAGCAGGCUUUCAGAAGGAAGGCGAGGAUCGUAGCGUGCGGGAAUGAGUCCCGAUACACCGACACUGGUGACGUCUAUGCUGCAGGCGUCGCAGGCGACGUCCUGCGCGCUGCACUCCUGAAGGGAGCCAGUAGGCGGUGGAAAGCGUUCGGCACUGACGUGCAUACCGCCUUCCUGCUAGCGCCGUUAGGUACCACCCGCAGGUACCUGUUGCAGCCACCGGCAAUCCUCAAGGCGUUGAAUCUCAUCUCCGAUGGGGAGAUAUGGGAAAUAAACCGCGCCUUGUAUGGCUUGAGGGAGAGUCCGAGGUGGUGGACAGACUACAGAAAUGCUGCGCUUACAGGCCUCACCUUCCAGUUGCGCAGUGCCGAGACAGGCAACCUUGAGUCUUACCGCUUGGAACAGGGUAGCACUGAAGGGAACGUCUUUAAGAUAAGGGGUCCCAAUGGUGAGUUGGAAGGACUUUUGGUGUGCUACGUUGAUGACUUCCUCAUCUUGUCGAGCGAUCCUGUGGCGAAAGCCCUCUACGAGGCAAUGUGCACUCAGCUGAGCUGGGAGUUGGAUCCCCUCCAGGAGGCCACCCGACAGAACCCCCUUAAGUUCUUAGGUGUAGGGAUAAGCCCUUUGGAAAAUGAGCCCGGGUUCGCGCUUGACCAGAGGUCCUACAUAGACGAGCUCCUCGCCAAGAAUGGGUUUCAGGGCAGAGGCAGUAACAUCCCUUGCCCAAAAGAGUUGCUGUCAGAUGGUGACUUGGAAGAUCCUGAGGACGUAAGUUACCCAACGUCUCUAAGGGAGGCGCAACGCCUCACCGGCGAGCUCCUGUGGCUAGCUCAGAAGAGUCGUCCCGACGUCUCUUUUGUGGUGCAAUACAUGGCAUCGCACACCAUAGGCCGCCCGCGACAUGUGUGCGACGUCGCACAAAGAGUGUUCAGGUACCUCUCCCUGACAAGGGAUAGGCAUCUCCGCUUGGUGCCAGAGGCCGAAAAGGGACUCGAAGUUUUCACCGACGCUUCUUUCGCGCCGACCGGAAAACACAGUCAGGGAGGGAUCCUGAUCAAGUAUAUGGGAUCGACGAUCCAAUGGAAGGCGUCAAAACUUCCGCUGAUUGCGAUUUCGUCAGCAGAAGCAGAGUUGCAGGCGCUAAGUGAGGGUGCUAUCUAUGGACAGUCGCUGCAGGCUGUCCUGCGGGACAUCACCGAUGAGCCUCCUUCCCUCGCGCUGUUGUGCGACUCCACUUCCGCUAUAGCCCUCGCCGAGGGCGGGUCCAGUCAGAGGACAAGACACCUUCAGGUGAGAGCCGCGGCGCUCACGCAGCAGUUAGGGUCCUCAAUGACUUUAGAGCACUGCCCGGGGGACGUGCAGUGUGCUGAUCUCCUUACGAAGCCCCUUGCAGGGCCUAGGCUUCACGAGCUGUCCCUCCUUGUAGGCUUGAGUGAUGAAGUUGAGCCUCCUUCUGUUGGGAAGGUUGAGGUGUUGUGUGGAUGCGGAGGAGCCUUGAGCAAAUGGCUCACAGCGCUCACUGCCUUUGCACAGGUCAUGCCAGGCUCAGGCCAAGGUGAGGAGGAGGAGGACUUCCAAGGUGUGACGAGCGACCUCUCGCUCUAUGUGGCCCUGGUUGUUGUGAUCAUAGCCAUAGUAGGAGGUGACUUCGUCUACUCCGUCCUCCUCAGAUCAGCCAAUCAAGCGAAGGGGGAGACCAAUCUCCCAGCCUCCGAGCGCCCAAGGGCACUCUACCGCGACUUCAUCUACUACAACCACGACCCUGCUGCAGGUUUCGAGGUUCUCUCAGACUGA